AUGACGGUGAAAUCGAUGAUCUCAGAAAUGGACGAGCUCGUGAAGCGAAUGCUAAAGCUAAUCGAGGAAGACGCUGACUCUUUCGCCAAGAAGGCCGAAAUGUACUACCAAAAGAGGCCCGAGCUUAUUGGCCUCGUCGAGGAUUUCUACCGAAUGUACCGUUCGCUUGCCGAGCGGUACGACCACGUCACGGGCGACCUCCGAAAAAACGUCCCGUCCGACCUCCUUUCCGCCAGCUCGUGCGUAUCCGAACUCAUAUCCGAAGAUGACUCGUCCGCCUUGGAUUCCGAAAACGAGCUCGAGAAUCUGGAGGAAGAUUCUGUGGAAAUGUUGAUCGAGCGGUUGAAGGCGGAGAAAGACGAGCUGGCGUUCGAGGUGAGGUCGAAAGACGAGACGAUUGGUGAGAUGAGGAAGCAUCUUCAUGAGCUCCACAUGGAUCAUGUGGAUAUGAUUGCGGGAGCUGAGGUGGCGCGUAGACGAGCGGACGAGUUUCGGUCGAGAGUCGAAGAGCUCGAAAGGGAGGUUGAGAGGAAAGAGGAGGUUAUUGUUGAAGGGGCGGAGGAAAAACGGGAGGCGAUAAGGCAGCUUUGUUUUUCGCUCGAGCAUUAUAGGAAUGGGUACAAUCGGCUGAGGCGGGUUGUUAUAGGGCAGGUUAUGGCAACCUGA